CGCGUUUACGCACAAAGGGGAGAUGACGCACGAAUAAACUUAGAAUAAUUAAGUAUUAAUGUGUUCCCAAACCCAGUUGCUCGCUGUUUACGACCGGGGCUCAGAGGGUGCGUCGGCUGCGCCCGGCGCAAACACGCAGACGCUCGAGUCUCCGCCCCGCAGAGACGCGCAGUGUCCGGUUCGUCCGCAGACCAGCUGGCGCACAGAGCGCAGGAGCCCGCAAACAUGCUGAGAAAGUCCCUGUCGAGCCGCCAGCUGCGCGGAGGGGUCCGCGGGCUGGCGGCGGGCCUCGCGGGGAGCCGUGGAGACGCGUCCACCUCCACCUCCAGCUCCACCGUGGUGGGAGCCGAGAACCAGCUGAAAACCAUGGACGACCUCGGCGGACCCAGCUUCAUGGCGACCCUAUACUGGCUCUUCAUAAAGGGACACUUCAAAACGGCGCAUCAGAUGCAAAUUGAGCACAUGAAGAUCUACGGGCCUCUGUGGAAGUCUAAGUACGGCCCCCUGGUGGUGGUGAACGUGGCCAGCGCUGACAUGAUCGAGCAGGUUCUGAGGCAGGAGGGCAGACACCCGGUCCGGUCGGACAUGACCCACUGGAGGACCUACAGGGAGCUCAGGAACCAGGCCCACGGGCCGCUGACGGAGGUGGGAGCCGAGUGGCAGCGCAUCCGCAGCAUCCUGAACCCGCGGAUGCUGAAGCCCAAACACGUGUCCUCCUACGCGCCCGCCAUCAACGAGGUGGUGACGGACUUCAUCCGGCGCGUGGCCUGGCUGAAGGAGAGCGGCGGACGGGGCGUGAUGGUGCACGACCUGGCCGGAGAACUCUACAAGUUUGCUUUUGAAGGGAUCUGCUCGGUGGUGUUUGAGGCGCGCAUGGGCUGCUUGGAGGCGGAGGUGCCAGAGGAGACGCAGAAGUUCAUCUUCUCCGUGGGGGAAAUGUUCCGGCUGUCCCCCGUCCUCGUGCUCUUCCCCCGGUCCGUGUGGCCCUACAUUCCCUUCUGGAAACACUUCGUGGCCGCCUGGGACCACCUCUUCAAAGUCGCGGACGCGCUGGUGCACAGGAAGAUGGCGGAGCUGCAGAGCAAGGCGCAGCCGGAGCAGGAGGUGGAGGGCGCGUACCUGACGCACCUGCUGCUCAGCGAGCGCAUGACGGUCGCCGAGGUCCUGGGCAGCAUCACCGAGCUGCUGCUGGCCGGAGUGGACACGACCUCCAACACCAUCUCGUGGGCCCUGUACCAGCUGGCCCGGGAGCCGGCGAUGCAGGAGCAGCUGCACCGGGAGGUGACCCGGGUCUGCCCCGGGGACAGGGUGCCGAGCGGCGACGACGUGGCCCAGAUGCCGUAUCUGAAGGCCGUCAUCAGAGAGACGCUGCGCAUGUACCCCGUGGUGCCAGGAAACGCCCGCGUCACCGUCGACAGCGAGAUCGUGGUGGGAAACCACCUCUUCCCCAAGAAGACGCUGUUCCACCUGUGCCACUACGCCGUGUCCUUCGACGAGGACGUCUUCCCGGACCCCCACGCCUUCCUGCCGCAGCGCUGGCUCCGGGGCCCGGAGGAGACGUCCAAGCACCCGUUCGGGUCGGUGCCGUUCGGCUUCGGGAUCCGGGCGUGUCUGGGCCGAAGGGUGGCUGAGCUGGAGAUGUAUCUGCUGCUGUCCAGGCUGAUAAAACACUACGAGGUGCGGCCGGACCCGGCUGGAACCCCGGUGAAGCCGAUCACCAGAACCCUGCUCUGCCCCGAGACCCAGAUGCAGCUGCAGUUCCUGGACAGGAGCGCGUAGCGGUCGCCGGGCGCCGCGGCAGGAAUGCGAGCGCCUGUCGGUAUGCGCCGCGCGUCGCCGGCCUGCGGCACCGGGGGCACAGGCCCGGUUCACUAACUGCAGAACCAGGCCGGGCCGUGGGUCGGACUGUGAAGAGGGAACCGCAGGAUUUAGACAUUUAAGUCCCUGUGAAUGCGAAUGAAUCUGUGCCAAGAGUGUUUUUAACGAGUUUCUCACCAAUGACAUGAUGAUGUAAAGUGUAAAUAGAUCUGUUAAUCAUAAAUAUGACCAUUAAUAACACGUUUUAAAUGAAAUGAUUUGGAUUCUGUAUUCUUUCAGUUUGUCACGCUGCUCUUUUGAUGCUUUGUUUGUAGCCUUUGUCUUCUGACAGUCUUCUGUGUGUUUGACCUGCUGGACUCCUUCCAUCAGCUCAAUCAACAUUAGUUCCUGUGAAUCUGUUCUUGCUUGUAAUUAAAAACGUUUAUUAAUGUACUUUGAAAAUGAAAACAGUCGGCAACAGGUUGGAACUGUGGCUCUAAACACUUCUAGGUUCUGUUUCCCAAGCAGCGGUGGACCUUUUCCUCAUAAUGUAACAUAUCCACCCACUGUAUGUAAGUGUGAUAUAAAGCUGUGUCUCAAUUCAUGUGUGUGAUGUACAUCGAGCAGCAAUAAAAAGAGUUCAUUUUA